UGUUUCUCUUGCUUCAAGGUUAUCUAGUACUAGUAGUAGUAGCCCCUCCACUGUUUUCCCCCUCUUCCAUGCACUCUUGAUCAGCCUCAAGGGACUCGAAAAGAAUCGUAUACAACAAUGGGGGAGGUAACAAAUGUGACCGAGUACCAGGCUAUUGCAAAGGAGAAAUUGCCGAAGAUGGUGUACGACUACUAUGCAUCCGGUGCAGAGGACCAGUGGACUCUUGCUGAGAACCAAAAUGCUUUCUCCAGGAUUUUGUUUAGGCCUCGGAUUUUAAUUGAUGUGAGCAAGAUUGACAUGACCACUACUAUCUUGGGUUUCAAGAUUUCGAUGCCUAUCAUGAUUGCCCCGACCGCUAUGCAGAAAAUGGCUCACCCCGAAGGAGAGUAUGCAACGGCUAGAGCUGCAUCAGCUGCUAAUACAAUUAUGACAUUGUCGUCAUGGGCCACUUCGAGUGUCGAGGAAGUUGCUUCGACGGGACCUGGAAUUCGAUUCUUCCAGCUCUAUGUGUACAAGAACAGAAAAGUUGUGGAGCAGCUUGUGAGAAGAGCAGAAAGGGCCGGUUUCAAGGCCAUUGCACUCACUGUGGAUACCCCUAGAUUGGGACGAAGAGAAUCCGACAUUAAGAACAGAUUUACUUUGCCGUCAAAUUUGACUUUGAAGAACUUUGAAGGUCUGGAUCUUGGAAAGAUGGACGAAGCUAAUGACUCUGGAUUAGCUUCAUAUGUUGCCGGUCAAAUUGAUCGCACUUUGAGCUGGAAGGAUGUGAAGUGGCUACAAACAAUAACCUCAAUGCCUAUCCUCGUGAAAGGUGUACUCACCGCUGAAGAUACAAGGAUCGCGAUCCAGAAUGGAGCAGCGGGUAUUAUUGUAUCCAAUCAUGGUGCUCGCCAGCUGGAUUACGUCCCUUCCACUAUCAUGGCCUUGGAAGAGGUGGUGAAAGCAGCACAAGGCCGAGUGCCGGUAUUCUUGGACGGAGGCGUCAGGCGCGGGACAGAUGUCUUCAAGGCAUUGGCUCUCGGAGCAUCUGGCAUCUUUAUUGGGCGACCUGUCGUGUUCUCAUUGGCUGCUGAAGGAGAAGCCGGUGUGAGGAAAGUACUGCAAAUGUUGCGCGACGAGUAAGAGCUGACUAUGGCUUUGAGCGGGUGUCGUUCGCUCAGUGAAAUCACGCGUAAUCACAUUUCAACUGAGUGGGAUGCUCCAAGGGCUCUUCCAUCUGCCAAGCUAUAAGAGCAGUGCUUAAGGUUGAAAUCGUCAUUUUUAUUUUUCGUCGUGUUCACUUAUUUAUGAUACCGAAGAUAUAUCUGUAUCUGUAUCUAUAUCUAUAUAUAUUUCGUUGUUGGGCAAAACCCUUUCAUCUGUAUAUUAUUUGCUUAAUGAAUAACGGUUGAAGAACUCUCUCAGGCUUUCUAGAUCUGGAUUACCAGAGGGGUUUUUCGAGUUAAAUCUGUUUUUGGCUGAUUUAAUAUAUAUGUUUUUUAUUAAUCGAUUUGAUCUGUUUUUGGC